AUGGUAACUCCUGAAUUCAAUAACGGUUUGCCUAGUUGUCUCAUUGGUAAUCGUGCUCGAGAAGUAAAUAUUGGUGUCAAAGCUCUACAACUCACCGGCAAUUCUAUUAUGCCCUAUUUACUUUUUCUUGGUACGCCGAUGGCUGAUAAAUUUCCAACGCAUGCUGAACAAUACAAUCAAAAUAUUAACUCAAUGAGUCAUAUGUCUGCAUGUCUUGCUCGAAAAUCUAUUUCCGGUUUAAGUCAACACAUAAGCAUAUGCCUUUUAAUUUGUGUCCAAGCACUUGAUUUACGAGCCAACUUGAUUGAUGAAGAAGGUGGUUAUGAUGCUCGCCCAUUGGUUUCAAGCAAGACUCGUCCAGUGUAUGAAGCGAUUAGAUCAAUCAUAAAUGUACCUAUUAGCAAAGAGCGCUCGUACAUUUGGGAUGAUGGUGAACAUGCACUGGACGAACAAAUUGCUUGUGUUAACGCAGCACUCAUCACGGAUGAAAAUGGACUUCUCUUCAAAGCACUAAAACCAACUAUUGACUGGCUCCGUUCCGAACGCUACUCGCACUAA